CAAAUCGUGUGUGUGUGUCGUACCAUCGAAUCGGAAUCACAGUCGGAAGCCCGGAACCGUUUUUCUCGAUCAUAUUUUUCGUUGCAUACUGAACCAGCAUGUCCACGGUAGCGAGUGCCCUAGCCCUGGCCGGAAACCGGUCAUCGGGAGCCCCGGUCCGCACACAGAAUGUCAUGGCCGCAUGUGCCAUCGCUAACAUAGUGAAAUCCUCGCUCGGACCGGUCGGACUCGAUAAGAUGCUGGUCGAUGAUAUUGGCGAUGUGACGGUGACCAACGAUGGUGCGACGAUUCUUAAGCUGCUGGAGGUGGAGCAUCCGGCUGCGAAGGUGCUGUGCGAACUGGCCCAGCUGCAGGAUGAAGAGGUAGGCGAUGGUACCACCUCGGUCGUCAUUAUCGCAGCCGAGCUGCUGAAAAACGCCGAUGAGCUGGUCAAACAAAAGAUCCAUCCGACGUCCAUCAUUGCCGGCUUCCGGCUGGCGUGUAAGGAAGCGUGUAAAUACAUCUCCGAGCAUUUGACGGCACCGGUCGAAGAUCUUGGCCGCGAAACACUGAUAAACGUGGCGAAGACAUCGAUGAGCUCCAAGAUCAUCGGUGCGGAUGCCGACUUCUUCGCCGCGAUGGUAGUCGAUGCGGCCCAGGCCGUCCGGAUCCUCGACGUCAAAGGCAAUCCGGCCUACCCGAUCAAGGCGGUCAAUGUCCUGAAGGCGCACGGUAAAUCGGCCCGCGAAAGUGUGCUGGUACAGGGAUACGCACUGAACUGCACCAUCGCCUCGCAGCAGAUGCCGAAGAAGAUUACCAACGCAAAGAUCGCGUGUCUAGACUUUUCGCUGCAAAAGACGAAGAUGAAGAUGGGUGUGCAGGUGCUGAUUACCGAUCCGGAUAAGCUCGACGGUAUCCGGGCACGCGAGCUGGACAUUACGAAGGAGAAGAUUGAGAAGAUCCUGGCGACCGGUGUGAAUGUGGUGCUGUGUAGCGGUGGCAUCGAUGAUCUCUGUCUAAAGUACUUCGUCGAGGCAGGUGCGAUGGCCGUGCGCCGUGUGCUGAAGGCCGAUCUGAAGCGUAUCGCCAAGGCAACAGGAGCCGCCUACCUGACGUCACUGACGAACAUGGACGGCGAGGAGAGUUUCGAGGCAUCGUACGUUGGUGAGGCGGCCGAGGUAGUGCAGGAGUUCGUCUGUGAUGAUGAGUUGAUCAUGAUCCGUGGCCCAAAGGCACGUACGGCUGCUUCGAUCAUUCUGCGUGGUCCGAACGAUUUCUACUGUGACGAGAUGGAACGCUCGGUUCAUGAUGCUCUGUGUGUAGCGAAGCGAGUGCUCGAAGGCAAGAAGGUGGUGGCUGGUGGCGGUUGCGUCGAGGCAGCACUCUCGAUCUAUCUGGAGAAUUUUGCUACCUCGUUGAGCUCCCGCGAACAGCUGGCGAUAGCGGAAUUUGCCAAAUCGCUCCUGGUCAUCCCGAAAACGCUCGCCGUCAAUGCCGCGAAGGAUGCGACGGAUCUGGUGGCGAAACUGCGCGCCUAUCACAACUCGAGCCAAACCGUCGUUGAUCACGCACAGCUCAAAUGGUACGGACUGGAUCUGAUUGAGGGUGUGGUGAAGGACAACAAAAAGGCCGGCGUACUGGAGCCGGCGAUGUCGAAGAUCAAAUCCCUCAAGUUCGCUACCGAAGCCGCGAUCACGAUUCUGCGAAUCGACGACAUGAUCGUGCUAAACCCGGAAGACAAGGGAGGAAAGAAUUACGGCGAUGCAUGCGCUGCCGGAGAACUGGAUGGUUAAGGAUGCUUUUUACACUCGGUUCCUUUCGCACCCUCUCCGUAAUCAUCCGCUCGGUAUCUUAAGCUUUCACUAAUGCUACCAUCUCGUAUUCGUUUCCAUGCCGUGCGUCAAGUCAAUCCGUGUGGCAAGCUAAGCAUUCGAAGAUGCAACCCCCCCAACGUUUGGCCUUACUUGAACUCUCCUGCUAGAUUAACACACGGUUCACUCCUUCCCACACAUCCAAUGGCACAAACCACGAACACAUACACCAUUACUACCAAAACUCAUGUUAGAGUAACAUUUAAUGAGUUUCACUUGUAUGCAUUUUUUCUUUCAUCGUGAAACACAAUAUCGAAAUAAAAUUAAAUCGAUAAUA